UUGGUCGUACUAAAGGGGUGAAAUAUCUUGACGGCCAGUUUCAGGGUUUCACUGCUGUCUGGCAAUACUGGCGAUGCCAAGAUGGCUGCAAGCAAUUAUUUCGGCUUUACACAUGGUGCCGGUCCGCAAUACAGUACCCAGCCUCCUCCGGCCUACUCCCAUCCCUCUACAGCCAGUUACAGUGUCCAGCAGGCUCCAGCUGUGGCUCAUGCAGUGACUGCGUCCUACUCUCCAGCUCCAGUCCAGGCACCCCGGCCUGUGGUCUCUGCACCUUACCCUGCCUAUCAGAGCCACCAGGCCCCUCCUGAAUAUGCCUACAGGCAGCCAGAACCCCCGGCACCCCCACAGCCCACCACCACCCCGCAGACGUACCAGGUAUACUCAGACACGGACAAUUACAGCUAUGGUCGGCCUGCAGCUGUGACUACCUAUGACAAUAAACAGUACUACCAGACAAGUAUAGCUUCGGCUCAGAGGACGCCCACAGAGAAUUACUACCAGACUGUAGGUGUAAAGAGUGCUUACAGUCCAGCCCCCUCCACGGUGUAUAGCCAGCCUCCUCCUCCCCAGAGGCAGGUGACAGCCUUGAAACCUCUGGCCCCUUCCAGCUCUGUGUCCACCAGCUACAACAUCUACCCAGUGUCCACCAGCGUCCAGCAGCCACCCACGCCCAUUUCAUCCUACACCCUCGGCUCCUCCUAUGGCUCCACCGUUUCAGCUACCACCUACUCAGGCAUUAGCUACUCCAGUUAUGAUUCAACUGGCUACACCUCCACGUCUGCUCCCUCUUAUUAUCAGCCGGCCCAGCAGACUCUCACACAGCCGCAGCCUCCACCGCAGCAGCCGCAGCCCCCCAUCCAGCCACCACCCAAGCAGCUGACAAGUUCUUCCUGGAGCAACUCAGGCAGUAACAUGGUGACAGCUCCAGCUGUAAACACAUACAAAAAGCCCACAUUUCACCAGAAUAAGCUGCAGAAGCCCAAAGGGCCUCCCAAGCAGCCCCAGCUCCAUUACUGUGACAUUUGCAAGAUCAGCUGUGCAGGCCCUCAGACGUACCGGGAGCAUCUUGAUGGCCAGAAGCAUAAGAAAAAGGAGGCAGCCCUUAAAUCUGGGGGACAGACGGGGGCCAGCAAUGGGCCCAGAGGGGUGCAGACACAGCUACGCUGUGAGUUAUGUGACGUCUCCUGUACUGGAGUUGAUGCCUAUGCUGCUCAUAUUCGUGGGGCCAAACACCAGAAGGUGGUGAAACUUCACACCAAGCUGGGCAAACCUAUACCUUCCACUGAGCCAGUGCUGGUGAACGCGACUCCAGUUAUCACAACCUCGACAGCUGGGAAACCUCCAGUGUCCAUGUCCAGUCCUGCCUCCGUCUCAACCACUUCAACUCCCACUGUGACGCCCAAACAGGUGGCUGUGAAUGCCACGGCCAAAACAGCAUUGCCUAUCAAGAAACCAGCUCCUUCCAGAAUAACUGUCAUUUCCAAUAAGUCUGCCAGUGCUCCAGCAGCAGCAGCAGCACCACCACCACCACCACCAGUAGUCGCUGCCAAGGUGGAGGAACCCAUACAAAAGUCAGUUCAGAAGCUGGAUCCUCUGAGUGACAAUGAGGACAGCGACAGAGCAGGAGGCCAGGGAGACAUCCAGCCAGUGGGACACGACUACGUAGAGGAGGUCCGUAACGAUGAUGGUAAGGUGAUUCGAUUCCACUGCAAACUGUGUGAGUGCAGCUUCAACGACCCCAAUGCUAAAGACAUGCACCUGAAAGGAAGAAGGCACAGACUCCAGUACAAAAAGAAAGUGAACCCAGAGCUUCCUGUGGAGAUUAAGCCCAGUAACCGGGCCAGGAAGCUGCAGGAGAGCAAGCUGAAGAAGCAGAAGCAGAAGGCGGUGCUGAAGAGACAGAGAGACGAUGAGCAGCGCUGGCACAUGGAGAUGAGGCGAUAUGAGGAGGACAUGUAUUGGAGGAGGAUGGAGGAGGAGCAGAUGUACUGGGGGGAGCAGAGGCGCAGGAUGGCUCCCCCACCACUGAUGAGCCGCCCGGGCAUGCCAGUACCCCCUCUACUGACAUGCGUGCGUCGACCAGACUCUCCUGAUGACCGUCACAUCAUGGCUAAACACUCUACCAUCUACCCAUUAGAGGAAGAGCUGCAGGCUGUUCAGAGGAUUGUCUCCCACUCUGAGAGAGCCUUAAAACUGGUGUCAGACUCCCUGUUGGAUAAGGAGACACAAGCAGCAGCCACCGCAGCUGCUGCUACUGCUGCUGCUACUGACGGAGGAGACGAAAAAGGUACUGAGAACUCAGCACGGCUGCUAAAAGGUGUUAUGAGGGUGGGCAUCCUGGCCAAAGGCCUGCUGCUUCGUGGGGACCGAAAUGUUGAGCUCAUCUUGCUGACUGCUAAGAAACCCACCAUCUCUUUACUGAAGAGCAUCGCCAAGCAGCUUCCCAAGGAGCUGGAGACAUUUUCUGAAGAUCAGUAUGAGGUGCAGGCUCACCCCGAGGAGGCGAACAUCGUGAUAUUUUCAAGCAAGGAGCCCAAAAUGCAGGUGACCAUUUCUCUCACCUCGCCGCUGAUGAGGGAGGACACUGCUGCUGAGAAGGACAAGCAGGCAGGAGGAAAAGCGGCUGAGAAAGAUACGCCUGAGAAGGACCCUCCUGAUCUUCUGAAUAAGAGGAAAUGCCUGGAAUACCUGGCUGCUCUCCGUCACGCCAAAUGGUUUCAGGCUCGUGCCAACGGGCUACAGUCGUGUGUGAUCAUCAUUCGGGUGCUUAGAGAUUUGUGUCAGCGGGUUCCUACCUGGGGGAAGAUGCCCAGCUGGGCGAUGGAGCUGCUGGUGGAGAAGGUGAUCAGCAGUGCUGCAGGGCCACUCAGCCCAGGAGAGGCCUUGCGCAGAGUCCUGGAGUGCAUCUCCACUGGCAUCCUGCUGUCAGAUGGACCAGGGCUGUUGGAUCCUUGCGAGAAAGAGCCAACAGACGCUUUGGAAAGCAUGUUGCUUCGAGCCAGAGAGGACAUAACUGCCAGUGCACAGCAUGCUCUGCGGCUGCUUGCUUUCCGUCAGAUCCACAAGGUUCUGGGCAUGGAGUCUCUGCCGACGUCCAAGUCCAGCGCUCGCAACCGCAAGCGUCGACGGGACGGCAGUGACGCAGGCGAAGGGGAGGGGGAGGGCAAAAAAGACAAGAAAGAAGAAACUGAGAGUGCUUGACCUCUGCCUCCAGAGCUAGUGGGGGCGUGGGGGGGCAUUUGCUCAUUUAGAGACUGGUAGAAUGUCACAAAUUCAAAUCCUUUCUUAUCUUGAAAACAAUCUUAACACGCAGCUAAACACAUAAGAAUAUAAAUCACAGUAACGUGUCUACUCUUGAAUUCUCUUGAAUAAUGUGUCAGAGGAACAGACUGAAGUUUCACUUCACUUUCCCAAAGUAAUUUCAUGCAGGUUCUUCACUUUCUUUUAAAGUGUGCAGAGAAAAUUGGCUCAGUAAAAAAAAAAAAAAAAAAAAAAAGAUGGGAAGGUAACUGAUUGUGCCAUUACAGUAUUGGUAACUGCACACUAACUACUGACCAUCCUCCCUCCAUUGCUUAUUCACUGCAGCUAGAAUACCACGGUCAGCUGCAGUGGUAUUGUUUCCUCUUAUGUUAAAACCUCUGGUUAAAUCAUCAGCACCGUAAGUUUUAUUACCAAAAGAGUCUCUGCGGCCCUUCAGGCCAGUUCAGUUUUGCCAUCCGACACUUGAGUCAUGACUCGCUGAGCUCAUGCUGGUGGGUGAUGUAGCUGAGGAAGCGAUCGGCAGUAACAGACCAUGUUUAGGAUGUACAUACAUGCAUACAGUAAUGUGAUGAUGAUUGUGCCUAAAUUGACUCAUUGGUGAUAAAACAGUGUGACCUUGAGGAUGAACUUGUCAUGCCUUCUAAAGUCUCUCGCAAUGCCGUUUCAUCAUUUCCUCUUAAAACUUGAAUUACAAAUCGAUGGAGUUCUAAACUAAAAAGGCCCAUGCGUGACACCUUAAAAACAAGGCUACACUAAAAUAAAAUAAUUUCUCUCUUUUUUUUUUUUUUUUUUUUUUUUCUUUUUUUGCAAGUAAUGCACUAAGACAGAGAAGGUCUGCUUUGUGCAGCAUCCCCCAUGCGGUUUUGUGUGGAGGUCGUAGAGUACAUCAGUCUCUACAGAGAAACAGAGAGACGUCUUAUGUUGCACAGUCUGUAGCAUGCUGAGGGAACGAAGCACUUAACAAAUGACAAUGUUACUGUAUGCAGCCAUAAUUUUAUCAUUUAAAUAAUAUGCCUAGUAAUCUUUUUUUUUUUUCUUCCAGAGUAUGGUUAGCCGAAGAAAGAAGCUUUAGUCCAAAAUAAAUAAAUAAAUAAA